CGCAUGCUCCCUACAUCCUCACCUCCAUCCACCCGUCGAGGGACUUGAAAGCUUGAAUAAAGAUGCUCUACGUCUCGGGUCGCUGGAGCCUUGUUACCGGGUGAAACUGAGUUAUCUGGACGGACGUACAAGAGAGGACACGUGUAGAUAGUUGAAAGACUCUAUAUCUUAUAGUUUAUGUCUUUGGGCACCGAUAUGGAGCUGAAGAAAUCUAUUUCGGACACCGAGCGAGCGCUCAGGAGCUACGGCGCCGUGUCGGAAACUGCAUGGACAACGGACAAAGGUCAUUCAGAUGUGUCCAUGGCAGAGAGCACCAUGGCUCCAGAGGAGCUCGAGGUAGAGAUGACUCGUAUCCAGCGCCUGCGAGAGGUCCUGGUACGCCGAGAGUCGGAGCUGCGCUUCAUGAUGGAUGACAUUCAGCUCUGCAAAGACAUCAUGAGUUUAAAGCAGGAGCUGAGGCAGAUUGUGACAGUACCAGAGAAAGAAAAAAACAAGAAGCACCAGCAGCGGGAAGAGGAGCUGAUCCUGAAAAUCCAUAAACUGGUGCAGAAGAGGGAUUUCCUGGUUGAUGACGCUGAGGUGGAGAGAUUAAGGGAGAGAGAGGAAGACAAAGAGAUGGCUGAGUUCCUCAGACUGAAGCUGAUGCCUCUGGAGAAAAAGCUCAAAGUCACACAAAAUCCUCCAAAGCCCAAGAGACAAAUCUUGGAGCUGCCUCCCAACAAACCAUCCAUCACCAAGUCAGGCGCAGCCAUCAUCAAGGAUUGCUGUGGAGCCACCCAGUGUGCCAUCAUGUAACUGACAAGGACCUCUCUAUGAACCCAUCCAUGAGUCAUAAACCAAAACACUCACACCACAUGACAUGCCAUAAACCAUUCCUGGUUUCUCUGAAUAUCUCAGCUGCUGUUCCUCAAAUCUGUUCAGAAAUCAAGUUUUAAUUUCAUUCAAGAUGGAGUUACAGCUCCAAUGUUUUAUUUUAGGGUUUAAGAACUUCACUAAUCACUGCUAGAACAAAAACGUAAAGGAGCUUCUUUUAUUAAAGACACUUAAAGGCACGUGAAAAAAAUGUGCUCAAUACAAAUGUAAAACUAGAUUAAGAUGUUUAGUAAGAUUCCUUUAAAUUGACUAUUUAAUCUGCCAUAGUGUUGGAAAAUAGAACUAAAAGCACAAUUUAAGCUAAUUGAAACAUCAAAUGCUGGAGUUCUCUGCCUGACAGGAAAAAAAAAAACAUUUGACCUCACCCUGACAUGUAUGACAAGUAUUUGGUUUUCUAUUUCAACAGUUUAACAACAACAGUGAUCCUCUUUCACUUUAAGAAAACUCAUUUUUAUCACUGCUCCAAGGUGGGAGAACAAUGUGGCUUUUGACUGCAGUUUAAAUGAGAAACAUUUCGAGAAAUUGGCAGGUCGUGGGCCCUUCUGAACCGGAGCAAUCCUUUGACCUCCUGCCUGAAAAAAAAAAAAAUCUCUCUCAAACUGUAACAUCUCCUGUACUGAGUAUAAGGGUUUGAAAAUGUGAAAGAUGGUUGUUAUUGAAAGUAACAAAUAUAAGAAAGCUUACAUAGAAAUACUUGAUGAAAUAGAACCUCAAUGCUUACCUUAUUAAUAUUUGCCUCGGCAACUGAGUGUUCGACUAACACUCAUCUGAACUCACAGAGUAUAAUGAGACAAUGAACAGAACUUCUAAGAGGCCAGCUGCAGAUGUAUCAGUUUAAUCAACAUCAAUAAAUUAUUGAUUUCAUUCUGUUAAAGGCAGAAUACUCCUUCAUUCUUAAAUAAAUUAUAUAUAUUUAUAUAUGUUAACAUGAUCAGAGCCAAUUUUAACUUGAGGCAGGCUACCUAGCAUGCAAUUUUGUAUGACCCACUUUUGCAGCAGUGUUUUCCAUUAGUUUUGAAAUGACCUCAGAUAACAUGUAUUUACAUCAUUUUAUUUGUUAUGUGUUCAAAUGUGCCAUCUUAUUUCUCUCAUAGUCACAUCAUCCCUGGCCAUACUCAUGUCCUCUCAGCCAUCAGCUGCCAGGAAACACUGACUGUGGUGGUAGAACGUCGCUCAUGGUUAUUAUUGUGAAUAAUGUUGACAAAAUGCUUGCAUCCUCUGAAUUUAGUCUUUCGUUUUUAUGAUUAACUACUGGAAAUGAAUGCAAUCCUCUUGUAAAUGCCUACAAUAGACAGUGUAUGUUUGACUGUAUCUAGGACAUUAGUGACUCAUGUAAAGCAAAGUGUUGCUCUCUGUCCCUUUCCCUUCAUUCGGAGAAGUUAGCGUUCUGUAGUAGUAGUGAAUUUAUGAAGGUCCUAACGUUGAAUAUUGAACAAAUAUGCAGAAAAUAAACUGAAACUCCCUGUACAUACAUGUUUGAAUAAAGAGCAUCUUUCAGGAA